AACUUAUAACAAUAUUUUAUUUUAGUUACAACAAUAGGGAUGGUUUCGAUAUGUGAUGUUUUGUUUGUGCGUGUCGUUGCCACUAAAUGAAGAUGCUACGAAAUUAGAAAGAGCAGAAGUUGACUUGACGAAAUGGCCGUUUGCUGUGUAUAUGGGCCACAGUAGCAAGAAAUUUCUCAGAAGAUAUUUCUACACACAACGCCGACGUCCCUAUCAAUCCAAUCUCCCACUUUCUUCUUUGACUCACACAAAAAUCUGGUGAAAAAACUCACCUUAAUUUCUCCUUGGAUCGAUGCUUCCUUUUCCUCUAUUUCUUGGUGAAUUUCCAAUGAUAAAAGAAGUGAGCUAGCUAGGUUAAUUUGGUGGAAGAUGAAGAUGAAGAUGAAGAUGAAGAUGAAGAUGAUGAUCCUCACUCAUCUCUUGAUGAUUUUGGUGUAUGGCUUACGUGGAUCAUCAUCAUCGUCAUGCCCUCUCAAUCUGGACUACGUGGCAACAAUCCCAUGGGACACCUCUGCUUGCAGAAGCUCUUCCUCUUUGGCUUCGACCAACUGCUGCCAGACGCUGACGAGCCUCUACGGCGUCGGCUUCGCGCAGCACCUGCGCAACACCUCCCUCUUCCGGGUGCCGGAUCUCGAGACGGCGGCGUCUUGCCUCUCGGGCUUCCAAGCCGAGCUCGCCCGCCUCGGCCUGCGCCCGGGCCUCGCCGAGGCGUGCCUCGGCCCGCCCCACCGCUUCGUCAACACGACCGACGUCUGCGCCGGGGUGCGGACGAGGCGGGAUUAUUGGGCGGCGCUGCUGGGGGGCGGCGGCGGAGCCGCCCCGCUCGACCGGGAUUGCAGGGGCGACCUCUCCGACCUCGCCGCCUGCGACGCCUGCGUCGUGGCGGGUUUUCGGGCUCAGUCUCGGCUGCUGGCUCUCGACGGCAACAUCUCGCGCUCCACGGGGUGCUUCCACUACACCAUUCUGUAUGCCGCCGGAGUCGUCAACGAGCUGGGCCCUCGUAGCGCCGGCGCGCUCUCUUGUAUCUUCGGGUUGCCUCUCAUCGGAGGCGGGGGCGGAGGCGGAGGAGGAGGAGGAGAUCGGAGCCUCGUCCUCGCCUCCGUGGGAGCUGGCUUUUCCGCGGUGGUGGCCGCUUGCGUCGUCGGUUUCUUGCUAAGAGGGAAGAAGCAUGCGGCGGCCUCCGAGUCGGAGCCCUACGACGCCGACUCCGAGGAUGAUCAUGAGCAUGAUCGGCCAUUGCUCAAUUGGAGGCCCAAGGCAGACACCCUGUGGUACGAGGUUGAGGAUAUUGAAAGAGUGACUGAUAACUUCUCAUCCAAGAAUCUGAUUGGGAGAGGCCAAUUUGGAGCUGUGUAUAAAGGGAAACUAGCAGAUGGGAGCUUGAUCGCUGUGAAGAAAGUGAUAGAUACGGAAUUUGAAGGCGGCGACGCCGAGUUCUUGAGCGAGGUGGAAAUUAUCAGCAGUUUGCGCCACAGGAAUCUGGUCCCACUCCGAGGUUGCUGCGUCGACGGCGGCCAGAAAUACCUCGUAUACGAUUACAUGCCAAACGGGAAUUUAGGCGAGCAUUUAUUCCUAAAGCCGAGGGAGGGAAAGAGGGUGAUGAGUUGGGCAGAGAGGAAGAGUGUGAUCUUAGAUGUGGCCAACGCCUUGUUGUAUCUUCACCGCGGCGUGAAGCCUCCGGUCUACCACCGCGACAUCAAGCCCACCAACAUACUCCUCGACUCGCGCAUGAGGGCGAGGGUGGCCGAUUUUGGGCUGGCCCGACGGGGAGGGAAGGAAGGCGCGUCCCAUCUCACGACGCGGAUAGCCGGGACGCACGGCUACUUGGCUCCCGAGUACGCCUUGUACGGCCAGCUCACGGAGAAGAGCGAUGUCUACAGUUUCGGGAUAGUGGUUCUCGAGAUCAUGUGUGGGAGGAAGGGCCUCGAUUUCUCGUCCUCGUCGUCGGCGUUUUUGAUAACGGAUUGGGCGUGGCCACUUGUGAAAGGUGGGAGGAUGGAGCAAGUUUUGGAUCCUUACCUUUUGAGUGGAGGCUAUCCACGGAUGAUAAUGGAGAGGUUUUUGAUUGUUGGGAUCCUUUGUGCUCAUUUGAUGGUGGCGUUUAGGCCUACCAUUUUGGAUGCACUCAAAAUGUUGGAAGGUGACGUUGAGCUGCCUACCGUUCCGGACAGACCGUCGUUUAUUCAUUUAGGGGGUAAUUAUGUGUUCAACUAAAAUAGCAUUAAUUUGGCAUUUUAACUAGUUAUGAUGACAUUAAUUUGCCGUGUGAAAAAUCAGAAACAAUUGAACAUUUGUGUAUUAAUGACAAAAUUUUGUUCAAGUGAGGAACCAAAAUUGAGAGAACUAGAAUUGUAUAAAUUUAGAAUUGAGUGAAAAUUUAUGUAUUUGAUUUCAAUUACCCCUUUCUUUUUUAAUUGGGAUGGUCAACUUAUAAUGUUGAAAGAUAGUGUUUUGCA